AAAUUGUUUUCCAAUAGACAGCUCCUACUACUAAUUAUUUGCUUUUAUAUUUUAAAAAUGAAUUCAAAAUCUUAUCAAGAGUUUAUGUUUAUAAAACUCAAAUUUAGAUUUUUUUUUCCUACAUAAGAUGUGUGAUAUAGUGUUGGGUAUUGGUCAUCUUAUGAAAAUACAUGUACUUUAAAUCUUUUGGGAAAAAGUUUAUCAGAAUGUCAAAUAUGUGCUUUCAUUUGGUUCAAAUCAUUUUAUUCUUCAUAGGAGUUGUCAACUAUUCAGCGCCCUAUGAAGCGUACAACGUAACAAAUGCAAGAGACAGUACCAAAGAAGUGACUCAAAGUGCUUCAGAAACUUUGGUGUCCAAAGAAGUGACUCAAAGUGCUUCAGAAACUUUGGUGUCCAAAGAAGUGACUCAAAGUGCUUCAGAAACUUUGGUGUCCAAAGACGUCAUCCGAACAGAGUUAGUUCAACAGAAUGCUACGGACUGUAACGAGAGUUUUCCAGCUUUGAACAAGCCAGAAACUGCCACAACCUUGUCAAAAGUAUCAGCAACAUUCUCAUCAGGGGUCAAAACUAAUUUACCCAUUAAAAACCUCACGACCUUAACGGUUGUUAUGACGUCAUCACAACACACAUACGAUAUUACAACGGCUUUUCUCAUGACGCCACCAGCAGAGGUCCCCCCAACGUUAACCAUGACCUCUGGCAAGUACACCUUCACCUGGGACAAGACUACUAUGUCACCAAGAGUCUAUCAGAACAGUUGGUGCCCCAGAAGAUGUCUCAACGGAAAGAUUGUCUAUAUCAACAACUUAGAAAAACUUUGUAUCAGCCCGCGUUGUUUUCCCUGCGAAUGCAGAAGACCAGCUUGUGCAAUUUUCGGCAUUUGCUGUCCCGACUUGACCAGCCAAACGUACCCACCCCAACACAUUAGUGUUAAAGUUGGACUCUACUCCGAGGAGGAAGUUAUGACCUCCAAAUCUUUGAAACACAUGCCAGAAAUAUUCCAAUUCUUCAACAAACAUUUUAACAAAACAUCUGACCAAGUCUCGACAUACAUCGUGCACAGGCCGACAUUAGGCUGUGAUAUAAAGUCUUCAUUCAUGAAGUUUUUGUAUAUUCGAUCCUGUCCACCGGACUAUUUAGGACAUGAGAAAACAAUGUGUGAGAUCGAGCUAGAGUUAGAGAAUAUAACCAUGUCUUGGUAUACACGAGUUAUCGAUAGUGCGACAGGUGUGGCCUAUAAAAACAUUUAUUGUGCAACAUGUAAUGGAGUAAACAAGACUUUGGAGAUGUCUAUUACAAUACAAUGUACAACUUAUAUGUAUGUCUACAAUGCCCUUGAUUCUACACACUUUCUAAAACUGGCCCUGAUGGAUAACUCUACAUGUGUCGUGAAGCAAGAUUUCCCGACUAAUAUAUCCUUACUUACUUGCAACGAGAAAUUUUUCCCGUAAAUAUUUGCUUUCUAACACUAUUUCAUUCUGAAUUUUGUUUCUAGGAUGUAAGAAAUAUUUAAGUUUAUAAUUUCAGAAAUGUAACAAACAUUUGUGAGUUAGAGAACAUAAAAUGACAGCUUUUGAAAGUCUUACAAUAAGAGAAAAGUAAGUAGAAUACAAGUAGAAAAUAUACAAUAAAAUCACCCCAGCAUUUGAGUUCAUUUUCAAACGAUCAAAUUAUAACAGUCAAACUAGAGCAGCGGCUCUCAAUCUUUUUAGUUGUGCGACCCUCUAAUAUGAUUUCCCACCGUAAUUUAUUUGUUUACAAAUAAAUGUGAGUUUGCUAAUUUAACAAAAUCGUAACAGUAUAUGAUUUAUACGUUAGAAUCUACCGAAAAAAAAAGAAAAAAAAAGAUCAACAGACGAAAUACCCACAUUUUUUGAGGUCUUUGGCGGCCCCUAGCAAUUAGUCAUUUGAUCGCCAAGGGGGUCGCGAACAACAUGUUGAGAACCCCUGAACUAGAGUAAUGCCAAUGUAUCUAAAUAUCUAGUAGUUUAUUUCUUAAAGAUAUAAAUCAUUUGUCAAAUUUCUAGGAUAAUCUUUGGAGAGGUUUUCGAGAACCGUGUCCAGGCUUCUUUGGUUUCCAAAUUUUGCUGAUGAAUGUGCAAUCUGAAUAGAGGAAUUAAAAACAACAAAGCCAUAAUCUUUAGUUUAUU